CGAAUCACACCUAAUUUGAGGCUCAAAACUCUCAUACGCCACCCAGCUUUGAACUGUCCGCUGGGCGCUACUAAGAACCAAAUUCAGACACCACAAAGAUAAGGCUCUUUCUCACCUUCUUUUCUACUCCCAAAACCAUUCACCGCCCACAAAUUUCUCAACCCAGAUAGUUCAAGAAGAAUCAGAUUAUGGGCUACCUCCAAAAUUGAGCAUUUUUUAUUGCCUGCCCGGGUUUCUGUAGAGGGGUUUUGAUAUUGAUAAGAAAUCGUUUCUGGGAAAUUUUUCUUCAUGUGCUUGAAGAACAAAAACCCAGUUGGUGAUUAGCGUUUGAGGGGCUGUAUGAGUGGGCAAAACUCCAUUUGUAGGCUCUUCAAGCUUGGGAGCUUGAACUUGAAGCAAAAGGAGUAUCAGAAACAGCAGCGGCCAUGGCUAUUCGUUACACUCUCGCGCUCAGUCAGACCCUUUCUUUCAAUUGUUUCAAUUUCUCAAUCUGUGAUGCUUCUUUAUCGUCGCAUUCUUCUCGAGUUCGCUAUCGCCUCGUUUCUUGCCGACGGUUGAAGAAUCUGAAUCAAACUUACGUUUCUUCCAGCUCCAGGCUUGAGAGAGUAAUUUCAAGGUGUUCAAUAACCAACUCUGACGUAAAAUUCGAUCAAGUUUCAGUUGAAGAUGAUGUCCAAGAAGCUUUAUCUUCUGUAGAAGCUGAUUGUUCACUUCCAAUUGUGCAAUUGAAUUCAGGUUUCCUCGAGACAGAUGCUUUGACUCUACAGACUGAACCUUUGAGUUUAUUGACCGAAAGGACAUAUGUCGAUAGUCUUUUGACAACUUUGCCUGUUUUAACUGAGGAGGAGCAGAAUGUUCUUGCAGCAACACCAGCUCACCCAGCUGGACUGUAUGCUUUAUAUGCCUCAUGUAUUGCGGGAAAUUUGGUCGAACAGCUCUGGAAUUUUGCUUGGCCUUCUGCUAUUGCAUUGCUUCAUCCUAGUCUUCUGCCAGUCGCAGUCAUGGGAUUCUUUACUAAGCUUGCAAUAAUAGUUGGAGGCCCUUUGGUCGGGAAGUUUAUGGAUAAUUUUCCCAGAGUUCCAGCAUAUACUUGUCUUAAUUGUGUUCAGGCUGCUGCUCAAUUGCUAUCUGCCUCAAUGGUAAUUUAUGCCCAUACCGUUCCACGUUCUGCUUCAUCAUCCAUACUUCUCCAGCCAUGGUUUGUUACACUGAUUGUUGCCGGUUCCAUAGAGAGGCUGUCUGGAAUAGCAUUGGGUGUUGCUAUGGAGCGUGAUUGGGUUGUGUUGUUAGCUGGAAUCAAUAGGCCUAUUGCACUUGCAGAAGCUAAUGCUGUUCUUAGUAGAAUUGACCUUCUCUGUGAGAUAGUUGGAGCAUCUUUAUUUGGUAUCAUCCUUUCCAAGUAUGAUCCAGUAACUUGCUUGAAGUUUGCUGCGGGUUUAAUGUUGUGGUCCUUGCCAGUUGUGGUCGUACUCACUUGGUUAACCAACAAACUCUCCACUGGUGUUCUAGAUCGUGCAAAAUGUUCACAAACGUGUUGUGGUGAUCCUACUGAAGGUUCACCUGGCGCUGAGAGUAUAAUGGACGUUGGCGUAGAAGUUAUUAAAAAUGGAUGGAAGGAGUACUUGCAGCAACCAGUACUUCCUGCAAGCCUUGCCUAUGUGCUCCUCUACUUCAAUGCUGUCCUUGCUCCGGGCAGUUUGAUGACGGCAUUCUUAACUCAGCAAGGUCUUAGUCCAUCAAUAAUUGGUGCCUUUAGUGGAUUAUGUGCUUUCAUGGGUGUUACUGCAACUUUUGUAUCUGCAAAUUUGGUCAGGCAAUUCGGAAUUUUGAAGGCUGGGGCAGUUGGAUUGAUAUUUCAAGCUGCACUUCUAACAGUUGCUGUUGCUGUGUACUUGAGCGGAUCCCUUUCCCGGCAGAGCCCUCUUCUUUUCUUCUUGUCUAUGAUUGUUUUAUCUAGGCUCGGGCACAUGUCUUAUAAUGUUGUGGGGCAACAGAUUCUCCAAACCGGGAUACCAUCGUCCAAAACUAACCUCAUUGCAUCAACAGAGGUUUCAGUUGCUAGUUUAGCGGAGUCCAUAAUGUUGGGCGUCGCAAUAAUUGCCAAUGAUACUUCACAUUUUGGAUUUCUAGCGAUGCUGUCACUUCUAUCUGUUGUUGGAGCAGCAGUGAUGUUCUGCCAGUGGUUGUUGAAUCCAACCGAUGAACAAAGGAAACUUUUCUCUUUCAGCUCAGUUUGAGAUGCCCUGAUGUACAAGGCUGAGGUGUUGGAUUCUUGAUACAUAGAGGACACAAAUUAAUAUGCAAAUUGUAAGGUCAAGCCCAUACCCAUCAACUCUUUGAUGUGCUCAUUAUUUUGUGGGUAAAUCAAAACUCAAAAGCUAGACUAGAUUCAUUCAGUAUCAAUUCUGACAUUGUACAUACACUUUCUGUUCAUCUUGUAAAGUAAUCAGUUCAUGUAGCUUGAGAUCUUCUAAUGAAGCUCCAAUUUCACAAAAAGAAAAAAAAAGGAAAGGAAGAGAAUAAAAAAACAAAACAAAAAAAAGGUCAAGUCCAAAACCCAUCAAGUGAAUCAUAUAAUGUUUCUAGCUCUUGAAAACCA